AUGAUACACCUAAAAACUCAAUCAAGGUUGGUCCUCCAACGGUUGAUUGCAACUCCAAAUCAGGUGGGUCAGGAAAUGAAUGAUCCACGAGAAUUUAGAGCAAGGAGAGAUAUUGAGAUUACAGAGAACAUAAAAGAUGAGGAAGAAGAUUUGGUUAACCAAAACCAAUCAAUUGCUGUUGCCCUUCGUAAACAAACAGAACUCAUGAAGACCGAGUACCACAUGCAAUUGAAUGCUUCCGUUGAAGUUUGUAGAUAUUUGUUGGAGAAUGCUUUACCAUUUCGUGGCAACGAUGAGUCGGAAAAGUCUAUGUACAAAGGGCUUUUCUUGGGGACAUUAAAGUUAAUCGGAAGAACAAAUGGGGAGAUUGAAAAGGUUAUAUUACAAAAUGCACCGAAGAACAAUCAAUUGACAUCUCCAAAGAUUCAAAACUAUCUUGUUACUUGCUUUGGAGAAGAGGUGUUGAAAGGCGUUAUUGGGGAAAUUGGUGAUGAUGUAUUUGCUUUGUUGGUGAAUGAGUCUAGUGAUGUCUCUAGAAAAGAACAAAUGGCCGUGGUUUUGAGGUUUGUUGAUAAAGUCGGCAUUGUUCAAGAAAGAUUUGUCGGCAUUGUUCAUGUCAUGGAUACAUCUGCUAUAAGUCUUAAAUCUGCAUUGGAUGCUUUAUUUGCAAAACAUGGAUUGAGUUUCACAAAGGUAAGAGGACAAGGUUAUGAUGGUGCUAGCAACAUGAGUGUGGUUGUGGCGGUUGCAAAAAAACACGAAGGUAUUAAGGACUUCUUUUAUUUGAUUGCGUUGGUUGUUACUGUUGUAAACUCUUCUUGCAAACGAAAAGAUAUGAUACGAGAAAGUCACAAAGAGAGAAUUCAAGAAGAAAUUGGAAAUAAUGAAAUUGAGACUGGUAAGGGGUUAAACCAAGAGAUUUCCCUUGUCCGAGCUGGAGAUACACGAUGGAAUUCUCAUCUUAAAACAAUCGUGAGUUUGAUUGCUUUGUUUCCAGAGGUUAUACAGGUGCUUAAAUAUGUUGAAGAUGAUGGUGAUAAUGGAGCUAGUCGGCUUCAAGCAAGAGGUCUUUUAUCAUACUUAAAGACAUUUGAAUUUGUGUUUUAUAUGCACUUGAUAUCAACGAUCUUAGGAUUAACAAAUUCAUUGUCUCAAGCUCUUCAAAGGAAAGAUGAAGACAUCUUGGAAGCUAUUGAUUUGAUAGGUACAACCAAAGGUCAAUUACAAAUGUUGAGGGAAAAUGGGUUUGAUCAAGUUUUGGAGAAAUGCUACUCUUUUUGUGAUAAACAUAAGAUCGUGAAGUUAGAUAUGGCUGAAGCUUAUGUUAAUACAAGAAAUUCAAGGAAAAUGAUGAACAUUACCAAUCAACAUUAUUAUAACUAUGAUAUAUUCAACACUGUUUUGGAUAUGCAGAUCCGAAAGUUUGGUGAUCGUUUUGGUGAGAUAAGCACCGACUUGCUUCAAAAUAUGGCAACUUUGAAUCCACGCAAUUCGUUUUCUCAGUUUAACAAAUCAAGCAUAUUGAAAUUGAGUCAGAUGUAUCCUCGAGAUUUUGAUGACAAGGAAAGGAUCAUUCUUGAGCACGAACUUGAUGUCUACUAUCAUUCUAUUUAUAAUGAUGUCAGAUUUGCAAACUUAAACGGUAUUGCCGACCUCACCAGAUUAAUGAUGGCAACAAGAAAGCAUCUUUAUCAUCCUUUAGUCUAUCGGUACUAA